GGACCUAAAUUAUAAAAAUGUUGGGAGCAGCGUGUCACCAAUAGCAACCAUAGGAAGAGAAAGCUAUUUUUCCGGUACUAAGCAAUCACUUCCCUUGCCCUUUCUUCAAUGUUCAAUGGCGUUCGUUGCUUAUUCUGCUUCAAUUACUGCACUCCUGCCUUUCAACAGAAUUUUUAGCGGGGGAAUGGGUAAGAAAUGGAAUCGACUAUCUCCUGGUUAUUCCGCGAGGUUGAGGGCUGGACCCUCCACUUUAUCCAGAACAUCCAAUUUUUCUUCGGCCGCGGCAGGAAAGGCUGGCGGAGCUCCGCCGCUACCACAAUUAUCUGAAGCUGAUAAAACGCUUCCUAUUUACACAUGGCCUCAUAAAAAGAAGCCAAGGGUGUGCAUUUUAGGCGGUGGAUUUGGUGGUUUAUAUACUGCUUUAAGGCUAGAAUCACUUUUAUGGCCUGAGGACAAGAAACCUCAGGUGCUUCUAGUUGAUCAGUCUGAACGAUUUGUUUUCAAACCCAUGUUGUAUGAGCUUCUAUCUGGAGAAGUGGAUGAGUGGGAAAUUGCACCUCGCUUUUCAGAGUUACUUGCAAACACUGGUGUUGAGUUUCUCCAGGACAGGGUAAAACUAUUACAUCCAUUUGAUCAUUGGGGAAUGAAUGGCCAUAAACAGUCAAGUUGCGGUGGCACUGUGCUGCUUGAAAGUGGCCUUCUCAUUGAGUAUGACUGGUUGGUUCUUGCUUUGGGAGCUGAAGCUAAACUUGAUGUUGUACCGGGUGCUUUAGAGUUUGCAUUAACAUUCUCUACCCUAGAGGAUGCAUGUAGGGUUGAUGAGAAGUUAAAAACACUGGAGCGAACUAAGUUUGGUAAAGAUUCUUUUAUCCGUGUGGCUGUAGUUGGUUGUGGUUAUUCUGGAGUGGAAUUAGCUGCCACUAUCUCAGAGAGACUACAAGAUAGAGGAAUAGUACAAGCUAUUAAUGUCGAAAGCACAAUCUGUCCAACUGCCCCUACUGGGAAUAGGGAAGCAGCCUUAAAAGUUCUUUCAUCUAGGAAAGUUCAACUUCUCCUGGGUUAUUUCGUUCGUUGCAUACAGAGGGUCAGCGACGUGGAAGCUUCAGGUGAUGCAACUGUGAUAAGAGAAGGCAAGGACAUUGCGAAGCACAACUCUGAGAAAUAUGUUUUGGAGCUGCAACCUGCUGAAAAGGGAUUAGAAAGUCAAAAUCUAGAAGCAGACUUGGUGUUAUGGACGGUUGGUUCCAAACCACUUCUUCCUGAACUUGAACCCUGUGACAAACCCCAUGAACUUCCACUGAAUGCAAGAGGACAAGCAGAAACAGAUGAAACUCUUCGUGUCAAGGGCCAUCCCCGCAUAUUUGCACUUGGUGACUCGGCUUCUCUAAGGGACUCAACUGGAAAGCUUCUGCCAGCCACAGCUCAGGUUGCUUUUCAGCAAGCGGACUUUGCUGGCUGGAAUCUAUGGGCAGCCAUUAAUCACCGUCCAUUGUUGCCAUUUAGAUUCCAGAAUCUUGGAGAGAUGAUGACCCUGGGUAGAAACGAUGCAGCUAUUUCACCAAGUUUCGUUGAUGGUCUCACGUUAGAGGGUCCUAUUGGUCAUGCUGCAAGGAAAUUAGCAUACUUGAUCAGAUUACCUACAGAGGAGCACCGGUUUAAGGUGGGACUUAGUUGGUUUGCUAAGUCCGCCGUAGAUUCAGUUGCUUUGCUGCAGAGCACUCUAACAAAGGUCCUUUCAGGCUCAUAAAUAACUGUUACUCUGUAAGAAAGCAACACUGGUUGGCUCAUUGGUUUUUAUGUACCAUAUGAAUACAUUAUUUUUAGUAUUAUUUUAUUUCAAGAGUUUUGCUUCUAAUAAA